CACAAAGCUACUAGCAACUACAGAUAACAAGAAUAUGGAAUCUUGUAGUGGAAUAAACUGUGCUGAUACUGCUAUCGAGAAGAAGUAUUUAACCGUACAGGUCACUGUCUGAAAGUGAUUCCUGUAUGCCUGGAUUGUGUAGCUUAUUAAGUGUCCUAUGCGAGGUCAUUAUUUACUGAAUCUGGAUGAGAUGUCAUUAUCUGAGAUUGUGCAGCAUUUAAACCAUGAGGAUUACACCACAGUGGCCAGUAUGGUGGCCUAUGUUGAGAGGAUCAGUGAGGGGAAGGAUAGUCGGGUCAUGGCUGAUAUCAGGGAGUUAGGUGGUGUUCCUGCAGUUAUAGACCUCUUAGGUCACCCAAUACCAGACAUUCACCAUAGUGCUGUUAAUAUCUUGUGGAAUAUGGCUUACAGACAGCCCAACGAUGAUGGAAACUUGGCAAUCAAAAAUGCCGGUGGUAUUCCAGCAUUAAUAAGACUACUUCGAUCUACCUCAGACGAUGAUGUCAAAGAAAUUGUCACUGGAACGCUCUGGAAUCUUUCUUCUGAUGAGAAAUUAAAAACUGCCAUCUUAGAUGAUGGCUUAACAGUGAUGGUUAAGACGGUGAUAAUACCGGAAUCUGGUUGGCCGAAGAAUCAGGACAAUGACCAUGACAUUAGAUUAAGGACAACACCAUUCUCAGUUUCAUUUACAAAUGCAGCAGGUUGCCUCAGGAAUAUUAGCUCUGCUGGAUUAGAAUCACGUAAAAAAAUGAGAGAGUGUGAAGGCCUUGUUGAUUCUUGCAUGUAUGCAUUAAGAUCAGUUAGUGGAAGUCAACUACAUGAGCUACUAGAUUGCAAAGCAAUUGAACACUGUAUGUGUACGAUACAGAAUUUAUCUUAUCAUAUCGGUAGCGAAAUAUUCCAACAGGAGACGACGAAUUCACAUACUGCUAAUAUAAAGGAUAAUCAAGAUUUCAAAAUUGGUUGUUUCUCAUUUGGAAAGAAAAGUUCUAGCCCACGGGAUGAGAUUAUCCCCAUGGAAACCAGAAAUAGGAAGGAACCGCCACGAGGGAAAGAUUUACUAUGGCAACCAGAAGUGUGCAGACCCUACUUAUCAUUAUUAUCAGAAUGUUCCAAUCCUGAUACUCUGGAAGCGGCUGCUGGAACCGUCCAGAACUUGACAGCCUCGGAUUCAAGGUGGUCAGUUGAUAUUUGCUCUGAUGUCAGGAAAUCAAAGGGAUUACCGAUGUUUGUAGAAUUGUUGAAAAUAGAUGUGGAUACAGUCGUAAAUUCUGUUGCUAAGGCGAUGCAUAACCUUUGUCAGGAUCCUCGCAAUAAGGAGCUUAUUGGUAAAUAUGGGAUGGGUGAAUUAGUUCUAUGUUUGCCCGGUGGUGUUGGUAAGCCAAUACAGCACAAAUCAGAGGUAGUUGUUGCCAUUAUACAUUGUCUACAUCGCUUAGUUGUACACCAUAUAGACAAUGCAAGGGCACUCAGGAAUCUUAAUGGAGUGGACAAACUAAUUAAUAUAUCAGCCUCCUGGGGGAAGUACAGUGUGGCUGAAAUCGCAGCCGCAUCGCAGGUUUUGAUAAGUCUUUGGACUUUCAAGAAACUUAGACCAGUGUUCAAGAAAGAUGGCUGGAAUAGCCAAUAUUUCCAUCCACACCAACACUCCCAGGCACAGGCAAGAACUGUAAUAAACUCUGAGGACGAGUGCAUCAAGUGCAAUACAUGCUCCUCAGAGAGAGAAAAUAUCGAACAGGAUCAAGUCAGCGAACUCCCCCAGUUUAAACGAACUAGCAUGGUGCAGCGUAUUUUGGACAGUGACGAUAAUGCCACUGUCAUGACAGAUACCACCACGACGGAGAACGGAAUAAUGCGGGAAACAGAAUAUAUGACAGAGUCUGUAACCACGGAAAACGGAAGUGCAUCUGUAUACAUGGAACAGUUGAGGUUGCUGAGGCAAGAGAAUGAAGACUAUCGAUGGCAGAUGAGACACUUACGCAAAGAACUAGACAGAGUUUCAUUUCACAAUGUAGAACUUAUGCAACACAUUUCAAAACUGGAAGACAAAAUGAAAAAGGUUGAGCAAUUCCAGGCAGCAUCAAUGAAUAAUCACUUUGCUCACAGACAUAAGAUGCCUCCUAAUGUUCCACCUGUUCUAAACACUUGA